GACUAGAGUCACAUGAGCUGCACCAAGGGCAGGUAACUCAGGAGAGGGGAAGAGGGAAGGGAAAAAAAAAAAAAAAAAAAAAAAAAUAAAGAGAGAGGGGGCAAAAAAAAAAAAAAAGCCCAAGCCCAGACUGAGCUUCUGCCAUGAUGUCAGAGGGAAAGAAACCCACAGCUUGCUAAUUUCACCUCCCAAUCAGCCCCGGGAAGGAGAUCACCGGGAACAGUUGUUUCCCCCUGUGGUCAUGACGGCUUCGCACAGUGACUCUUUGGUGGUGUUGUUUGGGGCAACAGCUGGUGCAUAUGGGGCUAAACUGGGUUCGGAUGAGAGGGAACUAAUUCUCUUGGUGUGGCAAGUUGUGGAUCUACACAGCAAGAAGGUAGGGACACUACACAAAUCCCUGGUGAAAGCAGACAACUUGGACUUAAGUGACCAGUGUCGCGAAGUCAGUGGCUUAACACCAGAGGGACUGGGCAAAGCUGAACCACUGGACCGGGUUCUUCAGCAGUUUAGUCAGCUGGUAUCCAGUGAUUUGAAAGUACUUGGAAGGAGCUCUUACACACUCUGCAGUGAUGGCCAGUUACUCAUUCGACAAGUUCUCCACCCGGAAGCAUCCAAGAAGAACUACUCGUUGUCAGAUUGCUUCUAUUCCUUUUAUGAUCUGCGCAAAGAAUUCCACACUUGCUACCCUAGUUCGGCCGCCGUGAAAGAUCAGACUAUCAAGACCAUGGCAGAAUAUCUAGGCUUAGGGACAGAUGAAGCAGAGGAGGACUUUGGCGUGUGGCAAGUGAAGACCAUGGUGGCUAUCAUUUUCAGCAUGCUCUCAGAAGAUCAUGCAUUUACUGAGCCUGAAACUGUGAAAUACAAGUACGAAACAGGUCCUUGUAGUAAAUCUGAAACUGUGGACAGUGAGACUGUAAUACGUGCCAGAGGUUUGCCUUGGCAGUCUUCAGACCAGGAUAUUGCUCGAUUUUUCAAAGGACUCAACAUUGCCAAAGGUGGUGUGGCUCUUUGUCUGAAUUCUCAAGGAAGAAGAAAUGGGGAGGCUUUGGUCCGGUUUGUCAAUUCUGAACAGAGAGACCUUGCCCUGGAAAGGCAUAAGCAUCACAUGGGUAGCAGAUAUAUUGAGGUUUACAAAGCCACUGGGGAAGAAUUCUUAAAAAUUGCAGGAGGCACCUCCAAUGAAGUGGCCCAGUUCUUAUCCAAGGAGAAUCAAGUUAUCAUCCGGAUGAGAGGCCUUCCAUUCACUGCUACUCAGGAGGAUGUCUUGGGGUUCCUGGGCCCGGAGUGCCCAGUCACAGGAGGGAAAGAGGGACUUCUCUUUGUCAAGUACCCAGAUGGCAGGCCCACGGGAGAUGCAUUUGUGUUAUUUUCCUGUGAAGAAUUUGCACAGAAUGCACUUAAAAAGCACAAAGAAAUACUUGGAAAACGUUACAUUGAACUCUUCAGGAGCACAGCAGCAGAGGUCCAACAGGUACUUAAUCGAUACAUGUCAACACCUCUGAUUCCAACUCUUCCAACUCCCAUCAUUCCAGUCAUACCCCCACCAUACACCAUCGCCACGGGCAGCAUCCGUGACUGUGUCCGGCUCCGAGGUCUUCCUUACACUGCUGGCAUUGAUGACAUCUUGGAAUUUAUGGGAGAUGCCACAGGGGAUAUCAAGCCCCACGGAGUUCACAUGGUCCUUAACCAGCAGGGACGACCGUCAGGUGAUGCUUUUAUCCAAAUGAAAUCUGCUGACAAAGCCUUUAUGGUGGCUCAAAAAUGUCACAAAAAAAUGAUGAAGGACCGUUAUGUGGAAGUAUUCCAGUGUUCUGGAGAGGAGAUGAACUUUGUUUUAAUGGGUGGCACUUUAAAUCGUAGUGGCUUGUCCCCACCGCCAUGUAAGUUACCAUGUCUUUCUCCACCAGCUUAUGCUGCUUUCCAAACAGCAGCUGUGAUCCCAGCGGAGGCAGCAGCCCUUUACCAGCCACAAGCCCUCUUGCCAACCACCAGGACGCCCCAGGCCUCGGCAGCUGCUCCUCCAACUGUUACCUACUACCCAGCCCAGGCUGCUCAGCUUUACAUGAACUACACAGCUUACUAUCCCAGUCCUCCAGUAUCUCCUACCACGGUGGGGUACAUUGCAGCUCCUCCGGGAGCUGUGGCAGCUGCUGCCACUGCCACCCACACUCCAAUCCUGCCCCAGCCUGGAGCCUUAGUCCGGAUGCAGGGCUUGCCAUAUAACACAGGAAUGAAGGAGAUACUCAGUUUCUUCCAGGGGUACCAGCUCCAAGCAGAUUCCAUCCUCAUGCUUUACAACUUUAGUGGCCAGCCCAGUGGCGAGGCGUUGGUGACUUUUCCAAGCCUGGAUCUAGCUAAGAAAGCAGUGGCUGAGAGAAACGGACAGCUCCUGGGGAGCCGCUGCGUACAAUUGUUCCUGGUCUAACUGAACACUCUGGAGGAUGAGGAAAGGGUGUUGCACUCAACACCGUGCCUUUUGCAAAAUAAGAAGUCUUCCCUUGCCACCCAGGCAGCAACAAAUGUGCCUUUUCAGCAUAACCUGUUGGAGUGCAGCAUGGUGCAUGUCCUUUUUAAUUUGAAAAAUGGCACCUCCUAUGCCAAAGAUAAAGUGAAGCCAAAAAUUAUGCAGUUAAUUUAGUUAAUUUCUAAUGUACAAGUGUAAAAAGAAGCAAAGCCGCUCCUGGCAUGUCGCUAAUUCUGAAGACAGUCCAAUAGCACUUCAGCUACCGCAGCCAUGGGCGAAACUUACUCAGUAGUAUUUGAAGUGGAAAGCGAGGCUUGAGUCAUUCAGAUUCUUCUGUGUUUAGUUUUUAAGAGUUUACACUUGACAAAGUGUCUCGUUCUUGUAGAGUUUAAAUGUCUUUAGAAAGGUCUUUUGGAAUGCAUGGCUUACCCAGUUCAAAGCGUAGAUCAUAUUGAUUUUUGUUUUGUUUUGUUCUCGACUGGAAAAGAUCAGGAUGCUGGAUCCCGAAUGCAAUUGUGAUUUUUCCUGUUUUCAUUAGACGUUGUUUUGCAAAAGCCAUAUUUGACCUUCUUACCAGUGUAUUGCUGCCAAUGUGUAAAACAAAAAUAUAAAACCAACAGCAAAACCAGAAAAAUCCUCUCUUCCCACCCAUAACUCCCUGCCCCCCAGCCCCAAAUUUUUAAUCUCUACAGGACAAAAAUGGCACAUAAACCUGAGUACUAAUAAGUUAUAUUUUUUUAUUUAAGCAUAAUAGCUUUCAGAUACUGUAUUAAAGAUUUUGCUCUAGUUUAUGUGCAUGCAAUUUGUUUACAUCUUUAAACUACUUUAUUUGUAUAUUAUGAAACAGCAGGAUAUGUUGAAAUCUGAAUUCUCUAGUGCAUGCUUUUUUCUUUUUCUCAUGUGUGUAUAUAUAUAAGCUAGAAGUACUUUUACGUCAUGUAGCAUGUGUUAAAAAAAAAAAAAAAAGACAUCUGCUGUAGAAGCACUAAAUUACUUUGUUUUUACUGUGCCUUACUUCUAAACCAUUCCAAGUGCAAUACCAGCAGAGCAAAAUGUAAUGAAUUCUGUUGCUGACAUGUUCAUGGAUGUCUGAAUUGAUCUUUUUUUGUUAGUGUACAAUUUGAGUUGUACUUAAAAGAACUGAAUGAUGUAUGCUUCUUUAUAUUACAAUAAAUAAAAGAGAUGCUUACAAUGUG